UCCCGAAAAUACAAUGCUACUCUUCAUUCUUGAGUCUUCACCCUUUUAAUUUCAUCUCUCUUCUUUCUCUCUCAACUUCUCACCUAUUUUGAUUUCUCUGUCAAAUUUGGUUUCUCUCUUCUACUUCCAAUUUACCUGUUGUUUUUAAGCACAUAGUUUAACUUGUAUUCUUGUGGCCUAACUUUGAGAAACCAAUAAUUGGUAAACAAUUAGGAAACCGGUUAGAUCUAAUUACUGGAGAUAAUCAUAAAGGAUGAAGAGAUUAAGGGAUGAGAGCUUUGCCGGCUCUCAUUUUAAACGACCUUUUGGUACUUCUAGAGGAGAAUCAUAUGGACAACCACAGAACAAUGGCGGAGGAGCAGUUGGAGGACAAAAGUUGACAACAGAUGAUGCCCUUCAAUAUCUUAAAGAAGUGAAGGAGAUGUUUCAGGACCAAAGGGAUAAGUAUGACCAUUUCCUAGAGGUCAUGAAAGAUUUCAAGGCACAAAGGAUUGACACUGAGGGUGUCAUUGCUCGGGUUAAGGAAUUAUUCAAGGGGCAUAAUAAUCUGAUUUAUGGAUUCAAUACUUUUUUGCCCAAGGGGUAUGAGAUCACCUUGGAUGAUGAGGAGCCUCCUCCAAAGAAGGCUGUGGAGUUUGAAGAAGCUAUAAAUUUUGUUAACAAGAUAAAGAAGCGGUUCCAAAACGACGAUCAAGUAUAUAAGUCAUUCCUUGAUAUACUAAAUAUGUACCGUAAGGAGCAUAAAAACAUCGGUGAAGUUUACGACGAGGUUUCACAGCUUUUUGAAGAUCAGCCGGAUCUGUUAGAAGAGUUCACUAGAUUUUUACCUGAUAAUUCGGGAGCAGCAGCUAUUCACCAUAGUCGAACUAGUUUACAUCGUUACGAUGAAAGAAGCUCUGCGCCUGCAUCACGGCAAAUGCAUCUGGAUAAGCGUUGGCGCAAGGAUAGAGUUGGCACUUCCCAUGCUGAGCACGAUCUUAGCAUUGAGCGCCCUGAUUUGGAUGAUGAGAGAGGGUCUGCGAAGGCAUACAAAGAUCAGAGGAAGCGUGACAAGGAUAACCGUGAAAGGAGGAGUCGGGAUAUGGAUGAUAGAGAACCUGAGCAUGAUACAAAUAGAGACUUCAACAUCCAACGUCUUCCUGAAAAAAGAAAACCUGCUCGUAAAGUUGAAGGUUUUGGUGCAAAUUCUAUUAUAGCAUCACCUGAUGACAAGGCUGCUGUGAGAAGCAUAUAUAAUCAAGAAUUCAUAUUCUGUGAGAAGGUCAAGGAGAAGCUGUCUAGUCCGGAUGAUUAUCAAGCAUUUUUGAAGUGUCUGCAUAUAUACAGCACAGAAAUAAUAACUCGAAGUGAAUUACAAAGUCUGGUUGCUGAUCUACUAGGUAAGCAUCCGGAUCUUAUGCACGGGUUCACUGAAUUUUUGGAGCGUUGUGAGAAUAUAGAUGGAUUUCUCGCUGGAAUUAUGAACAAAAAGUCUUUGUUGAGUGAUGGGCCCUUGCCGAGACAGGUUAGACCAGAUGAGAAAGAUAAAGGUCUCAAGCGUGAGAUAGAUCCUGCUAAAGAAAAAACAAAUAAGGAUUACACUUCUAAGUCGAUCCAAGAACUUGAUCUUUCAAAUUGUGAACGUUGCACACCUAGCUAUCGACUUUUACCCAAUGAUUAUCCAAUACCUACUGCAAGCCAGCGCUCAGAAAUUGGUUCACAAGUAUUGAAUGAUUAUUGGGUCUCUGUGACCUCAGGAAGUGAGGACUACUCCUUUAAACACAUGCGCAGAAACCAAUAUGAGGAAAGUCUUUUUAGAUGUGAAGAUGACAGAUUUGAGUUGGACAUGUUGCUGGAAUCUGUGAGUUCAACUGUCAAACGUGCAGAAGAUCUAUUGAACAUUUUAAAUACCAAUAGCGGCUCAGAUGGUCCUAUUCGUAUUGAGGACUACUUUACGCCUCUGAAUUUAAGGUGCAUAGAGCGUCUUUAUGGUGAUCAUGGUUUGGAUGUCAUGGACAUUUUGCGUAAAAGCCCAGCUAUUUCGUUGCCUGUUAUUUUAAUUCGACUGAAGCAGAGACAAGACGAGUGGACGAAGUGUCGUACAGACUUUAACAAGGUUUGGUCUGACAUCUAUGCGAGGAACCACUUCAAGUCACUUGAUCAUAGGAGCUUCUAUUUCAAGCAGCAAGAUUCCAAGAACUUGAGCGCAAAAGCGUUGGUUGCCGAGAUCAAAGAAAUUAAAGACAACAUGCAGAAAGAGGAUGACAUGCUGUUGGCAGUUGCUGCUGGAAACAAAAGGCCUUUGGUCCCUCAUUUCGACUUUGAGUAUCUUGAUGAUGACGUCCAUGAAGACUUGUAUAAACUAAUCAAGUUUUCAUGUGAGGAGCUUUGCUCAACCAAAGAGCAACUGAACAAAGUGAUGAGGCUUUGGACGGGUUUCUUGGAGCCUAUGCUCGGAGUUAAGUCUCAGGCUCAUAUUACUGAAGGUGUUGAAGAUGUUAAAUCUCGGCAACGGCCCAAUAGAAAUGGGGCUGUGUCAGAUAUGCUUGGGAAUCUAGCUACUGAUGCUGCUGCUGCUGUCCAUAGGCAGUCUAAACUGAAUAACAAUGGAGAAGAAAACACACACACUGAGGUUUCCAAAAGUUCGUGGGAUAAUGGGGAUGCUGCUGCUAGGGAGCUUAGUUUUUGUGAGUCAGAGUCGAUGCGUAAAGAAGACUUGUCAUCUAAUACUCAGCAAAAGAUCUUGAAUGAUGUUGGUGCAGCCGAUAGAGUAUCAGAACGGUUACUCAAUACCAGUGCAUCACCGCAAAUUGGUGCAGAAAACCGUCAUGGUAGAAGUAAUACAGAACUGGCUUCAGGUUCCCAAUCAAUAUUAUUGAAGCCUGCUAAUGGUAAUGAGGACAGUCAGGGUCACAAGUCUUCUAGUGAUGCUCUCCAAGCACGAUCUAUGGCUACUGACGCUUCAGCUGCCACGCUAACCGAUGGAAACUUCUCUCAAGGCACUAAAUCAAACCGGCUUCAUGAAGAAUCUGUUGUGCAUUCUAAGGUUGAAAAAGAAGAGGGUGAGUUAUCUCCAAAUGGUGAUGCCGACGAGGAUAACUCUGCUGCGUAUGGAGAUGCGGGUACACAAGUUGGUACAAAAUCAAAGCAUAGUACUGAAAAUGAGCACUAUAGAGAUGGCAAUGGCGAGGAUGCUGGAGCGGAGAAUUAUGCAGAUGAUGAAGAUAGUGACAAUGCAUCUGAGGCAGGUGAUGACAUGUCUGGCAGUGAUUCAGCUGGUGACGAGUGCUCUAGGGACGAGCAUGAAGAUGAGGAAGAUGUUGAACAUGAUGAGAUUGAAGGUAAGGCCGAGAGUGAAGGUGAAGCAGAGGUGCAUUAUUCAGGUGGUGAGGCUAGCACAUUGCCACACUCUGAACGAUUCUUAUCGUCAGUUAAGCCACUUGCUAAACAUGUGUCGUCGGUUUCCAUGGACAUCGACAAGAAAGAUUCUCGAAUUUUUUACGGAAAUGACAAUUUGUUUGUCCUUCUAAAGCAGCAUCGAACGCUGUACGAAAGGAUACUUGCAGCUAAAACAAACUCGACAUCCUCCGAAACAAAAUGGAAGCAGUCUAAAGAUACAAGUUCUUUAGAUCCUUAUGCGAGUUUUAUGAACGCCCUUUAUUAUUUGCUUGAUGGUUCUUAUGAUAAUUCAAAGUUCGAGGAUGAUUGUCGAGCUGUUAUUGGAAAUCAAUCAUAUGUGUUAUUUACAUUGGACAAAUUGAUUUAUAAACUUGUUAAGCAGCUUCAAGCUGUUGCGACUGAUGAGAUGGACAGUAAGCUUUUCCAACUGUAUGAGUACGAAAAAUCACGAAAACCUGGAAAGUUUAUUGAUUCGGUCUAUCAUGAAAAUGCACGUGUUCUACUGCACGAGGACAAUAUAUAUCGAUUUGAAUUUUUUCAGUCUUCUUCGCCUACUCGCCUGUCAAUCCAGCUGAUGGACAAUGGGAAUGAAAAGCCUGAGAUGGUGGCAGUUUCUAUAGAACCUAAUUUUGCAGCUUAUCUGUUCAAUGAUUUUCUGUCAGUUGUGUAUAGCAGAAAAGAAUCUCAAGGAAUUAUGCUGCAGAGAAAUAAAAGAAAAGAUGGCGAACUUGAUGAAGGUAUGGACAUGUCAAAGGCCAUGGAGGGUGUCCAAUUAUUUAAUGGCUUGGAAUGUAAAAUAGCUUGCAGCUCAUCCAAGAUAUCAUAUGUUUUGGACACUGAAGAUUUCUUCUUCCGAGCAAAGAAAAAGAGAAGAAGCUUGCAACCAGAGUUGUGUCAGAGACUUGACCAGAAAAGGGUACAUAAGUUCCAUAAGUUUUUAUCAGUAGCAUGCCGAUAAUUAAAUCUCGUACAGAUGCUGUAAAGUUCAGAUUCUAACAUUCUAAAGUGGAACGGCACCCAAGGAUGCCGAAUGUGAUCAUUUCCCAACAUAAUAUCAUCUUGCCUUAUAAGGAGCACACCGGUUCGUGAACAAGUAGUCAGUCUGCCCUUCGGUGCUUCGUGUUUGGACAAGAACAUGUACAUAUAAAAGUUAGUGAUGGGUAUGUUUUGGUAGAAAACAGGUAUGGUUAUACUCCAUAUGUUCCUGUGUUGUAAGUCUGUUGAAUAUUGAUAGAAUUUGUAAUGGACUGGAUUUAGAUGUACACUUGGUAGUGUCACUAUUCUUGGAAGUACUUAACCUGUGGAUAGUGUGAUUUACUUGCAACAAGUUUAUAUACAUAAAUGCAGAAACAAUUUUUCUGA